AUGUCUAAUUUUUGGUUUUGUAAAUACUUAACGGGAAGAUUAAAACUUACAACGCAUCCUGGAGGUAGAGAUAUAAUAGAAGAACAUGCAGGAAAAGAUGCUACCAAAUAUUUUCUUAACAUUGGGCAUUCUAGCGAAGCCAAGAAUAAUUUGAAGGCUUUGAAAAUAGGUGAAGUCGCGGAGGAGAAACUGGACAGAAAACAAUACCAUAAUGUGAAGAAUGAUAAAAAGCCCAACCAGAGUUUCCUGUCCCUAGUAACCUGUGGGCUUAUGAGCUGAGGAAGUCACAUAUUUACACAACAGUGAAGUUCUAGAGACACGAAAAAAAGUGCGUGGUUAUCUGCUGGCAAUGAUUCCUUAUUUAAGGAACAAAAUGACAAUUUUAUGAAAAUCUAUUGAAUACUAAUAUUCAACAGAAGCUAAAUUUGUUACGUUUUUUUAAUUAUUAUUUCGUUAUUAUUUAUCACAAUAUUUAUAUUUUUGUAAUGGCACCUAGCACAUAAUAUUUAUAUUUUUGUAACGGCAUUUAACACAUUCUAUGAUUUUGUAACUGUUAUAAUUUUUUUCUGUUUUUUUUGCAAAAAGUUCCCGAAAAUAUUAAGUACACAGAAAAAUAC